CUUGUGUGUAAUAGGCUAGGAACUGUUUGUGCAGGGUACAGUUUCAGUCCGGGGAUAUUUAGCAGCUGUACUCACUGAGCGAGCCAUGACUAAUAUCGCUUGGAGAUGGAGAUGUUUACUGAACAGAACUAGAAGUAGAUGGCCCCAAAAGAGAUGCGUGUCCCUUUAUAACAGUAGCCAUGGGUUUAAUGAGGUGAAGAUCAAGGAGAAACUCUCACAGUUCCCGGGAGGAUCAAUAAACCUUUCUAAAGGAGAUAAUGGCAUUGCUGAGUUGUGUAUACAUAACCCUAAUCGAAUGAAUGCAUUUACAGGAACAAUGAUGAUCGAAUUAGAAGAAAAAAUAAGUGACCUGGAAAGUUGGCAAGAUGGAAAAGGAAUCAUUGUUUAUGGAUCUGAUAAUACCUUCUGUUCAGGGUCUGAUCUGAAUGCUGUUAAAGCAAUAUCCAAUCCUCAGGAGGGAAUGAUGAUGUGCAUGCUAAUGCAGAACACACUGACAAGACUGCAGAGGUUACCACUUAUUAGUGUAGCAUUAGUCCAAGGAAAGGCCCUGGGUGGAGGAGCUGAACUUUGUACAGCCUGUGAUUUCAGGUUAAUGACUGAAGAGAGUGAAAUAAGAUUUGUCCACAAAUACAUGGGACUUGUUCCUGGCUGGGGAGGAGCAGCAAGAUUAAUUCACAUCAUUGGAAGUAAAAAUGCUCUUAAAUUACUGUGUGGUUCACUCAAAGUAAAUUCAGAAAGUGCUUUAAACAUUGGGCUGGCUGAUGAUAUUAUAUCUUCCAGUAAUUAUAAACCAUUACAAGAAGCCCAACACUGGAUAGCCCAAUAUACUAAAGGUCCAGCAGAGGUAAUCAGAGCUACAAAACAAGUAGUGAUUUCAGGGAGAGAACUAAACCUUGAAGAUGCUUUAAGAAGAGAGAAGAAAAUAUUUGGAACAGUGUGGGGUGGGCCAGCCAACCUUGAGGCUCUGGCAAAAGGAACCAAACACAAAUAGAUUUUAAUACAUUAUGUGAUCUAAACUUCUAAAAAUUAUAACAAAAUCGUAAAUGACUGCAUUGCCUUUGUAACUCAUUUUCUGAUUUUUCUGUAAGUGCAUGAACGAUUAAGCAAAUAAAAAUCACUGUUUAUGUUCACAUA